CUUGGAGACUUCAAAGUCGGGGGUGCCCGAAGCCACAGUCCCAAAGUGAAGGGACGUCUGUGCCGUGCUUCGUUCCUACCUACCUACAAGCCCUAAACACAAGUGACCUGCACAGUCACCUGCCCCCGUUCAGUCAAUCCCUUUCGAACAGAGACCUGGGUAUGUUGAGUCGUUGAUACUGGUAUCGUGUCGUGCUAAGAGAGUUGUGGUGGGUAGUUGACGAUGGGCGAACUUGCGCACGAGCGCGCAGGGCGGCUCAGACCACCGCGAUCCUACGAGCCUCGCUUCGGCCGAGAAGAAGACGAUGCCAUCUCUGUGACCGGCCAUGUCACCGAUGUGGGCGAGCUCAUCGCGGCUUUACAGGGGACUUUGGAUACGAGAUCGGCACGAGACACCGCCGUCAUCGGCCACUCUCGGGGUGCAAUCGUUGCGCUACACUGGGCCGCACAGUCUUCGGAAGCAAUUGGUGGGUUAGCGUUCCUAGGAAUUGGGAGGGUGGCAGGGCAUAUUUCGGCAGCACGUCAGUGCAUGUCGGAUCUUGCGUCCGCGGUGAGAUCCAAGGGCAUUGCAUUUGCAGCGGACGUCGCAAAGAAGUGGAAUUUUGACGAGGAAACGUAACUGGGACUCCAAUGAAUGUUUUAGAGACGUUGAUGACUUGCGUACAGACUGAAAGAGACAACGGGUGUGGCGCGAGGAGGAGUCAGAUGUACGGUCCUUGCCUCCGACAAGGGC